AUGAAAUACAAAUACACAUUGUCGUGGGAUCAUUUACUUCAAGCCAUUCAAAUUCAAAAUGAAAUUUUGGAAUGGUCGGAUCAAGAAAGCAUGAAAAUAUCCAGUAAUGGUAAUCAUUCAACACCUCAAGUGAUGAUAGAAUAUUAUAAAACUUUGUUGGAUCAAUGUAUGAAAUUUUUAGGAACUAUUCCAGAAUCACUAUCAUCUUGUAACAACAAGGAAAAUGAAACUGACAACAUGUUGAAGGAUCAUCUUUGUCAUCACUGGCAUAAAACAUGGAAUGAAUUAUUAUGUCAAUUUCAUGAUAUUCAUCGCCAAGCAACGGCCAUCACAAUCACCACACAAAGUGUCCAAACAUUGAGAACCAUGUUAUGUGAUUUGUUCAAAUCAACAAAACAAGCAUCUGCAGAAUAUCUUUUUUCUGAAGCAAUUACAACCUUAAAUUUUGAAUCAUCUUCCACCUCUUUCUUUGAAAAUCAAUUCCAAAAUAUUCAGCAGAUAUGCAGUUUAAUGGAGAGAAAGUUUCGAAACAGAAUUGUAAAACUCUCUCAACAUUCAAUGUUGUAUGGUGUACCUCUCCCUACUCAAGGAGAAGAACAGCACUCCGCUUGCAACCCCACAUCCAAGGUUUUGUCUCAAAGUGAGACAAUUAUGGCAUGUAUUUAUGCAAGUUUCAUUCUACACGACUGUGAAAUGAAAAUUGAAGCGCAUAGCAUAGUCUCCAUUCUUAAGGCUGCAAACAUUGAAAUUCCUGAAAUUUACGCAAACAUCAUUGCCAAUUACUUUGGUAGAGAAAACAACUCUGUCUUGAAACGAGUGUUGGAAUUGAGUUGUGCAAGCUCCAUAUUAGAGCAAGUAGUGGCGUAUGGCCCUCAAACAAAACGAGGAGAAUCUAAUGACAGUAUUCGCCAUGAGGAAAAGUAUGGCAUACCUAGCUCGGACGAGGAAUUUGGAUUGAAUGAAUUUUUCUAA